UAGAUUGGAAAGAUUGUGAAGAACCUACUAUGUGGACUAAUUUUUUUGCUAAAAUUGGAAAACAUUUGGAACAUGUUGCUCUACAUGGUUCUUCCCCUUUCCUGAGAGAUACUUUAUCAUUUUCUGCAGGAGAAUUUUGUCCUAACCUUAAAGUUCUCACUUUGGAAUCAAGAUAUUUUAAUGGAUACGGAAUUGUUAAUGUAGCUGAAAAAUGUUCCCUUACUGAAUUAAGUAUUUGGUGUCGUCAAGUAACAAGUUCUGUUGUUCUUUCAAUUCUUAAAGGAAGAAGUGCUCAAACAUUACAAAAAUUAACAAUAAAAAAUUGUGAUCUUGAUGAUAAGCCUUUGUUAAAUUCAAUAACGACACCAGAAGGAUAUGACAAUGAUGAUAUGCCCAGUACAAGUAAUAAUGAGAAUAUAAUACAAUUCUCAUACUUUUCUUCAUCGUCGAAAGACAAUUCAUCAAACAUAUCAAUAUUACCAAUAUUACCAAAAUUAAAAUCAUUUUCUUAUAUACAAUCAUAUCCAUUUAAAACUGGUAAUAAAUUUACUUCAUCGGGUUUAUUAAGAUUAUUGAGUACGUGCCCAAAUUUAACGGAAUUAACUUUAGUGGUGUCAAAUUCUUCAAAAAUUGUUAAUGAUACUUCAAUAGAAAAAAUUGUUAAAAGAUUCCCUCUUGAUAGUUUUGAAAUCGUUAAUCCACAUAGUAAUCAAUUACCCUUUCAUCCUUUAGACAAUUAUGAUGUUACUAUUGAGGGACUUAAAAGGGCUAUUGAACGUAAACCUGAUUUAAGAUUAAGAGUUGGCGCAUUUGAUAGUAUGGUAUCCUAAUUCAACUUUUUUAACUUUUUUUUUUUUUUUCA